CCAUGUACACUCGACAGAGUCCACAGGGCUGUCAUCUCCCACCCAACUCCAGAACGACCUGCUGCAGAGAGCUGGAGAAGGUUCACGAACAGGAGACUGGCAUGAUGAAGGUGGAGAGGAAAUACAGUACUGAACACAGUGAUUUUCUGGAAUCUAAGGCAUGCUUUGCCGAUACAACAUCCUCUAGCAAAAAGAUCAGUCCGUUAUCUUCUGUCAAAGCAGGUCUAAGUGCCAGUGAGUCUCCAGACCUCUGCAGAAUAUCUGUUCACCUAGACCCUGCUGCAGAUUUGGAUCUGAAAUCCUCUUCCUCACAUUCUGAUCAUUCCUCUGAAGCCUCAUUGCCUGAAGUCCAAAAGGAUAAAUAUCCUGUGGAAUUCAGCCUGCUUAAGUUGCAGACAAAAGAUGGGCAGCGUCCUGAGUGGACAUUUUACCCGAGGUUUAGCAGCAAUAUCCACACCUACCACGUUGGAAAGCAGUGCUUCUUUAACGGGCUCUUCCUCGGCAACAGGAGGUCUCUGUCAGAGAGGACAGUGGAGAAGAGCUUAGGGAGGAAGAAAUAUGAUAUUGAUCCCAGGAAUGGAAUACCAAAGUUAACUCCAGGAGAUAAUCCAUAUAUGUACCCAGAACAGAGUAAAGGCUUCCACAAAGCAGGAUCAACUCUCCCACCAGUGAAUUUUUCAACAGUGUCUUAUGAAAAGAAAUGUGAUACAUUUAUUCCACUUGAGUCUCUUCCGCAAAUUCCCAACUUGCCUUUCUGGGUGAAGGAGAAGGCCAAUAAACUGAGGAAUGAGAUAAGAGAAGUUGAGGAGCUUGACAACUGGCAGCCAGCAAUCUCCUUGAUAGACAGUUUAAUCCCUGCUAGUGGGUUAAAGAACCUUCAAAAAGUAGCAUUAAAACUAUAGACAAGCUCAGAACAACAUCUUUUGAGAGGCUUGGAAGUGGAGAGAAGGCAAAGAUGCUCCAGAGUGGAUGGUGUCCUUCGCCUGAGAUGGUCUCUUGGGCAGAUGUCAUGGCUUUGUGUCAUCAGCUGAGUGUGUUGGUGGAGAACUGUCAGUCUUGUAAUGGCACACGACCUUUAACUCCAUGCCUCUAUCCACAGGUUCUUUGGACUUUCCAAGACAAUUCUGAGCAGAACCAGGCCCACAGAAUGCACUGACUGUACUUUAUUUUUUUUAACUUCACAUUUUGAAAACUUUCAAACAUACAGAAAUGAACAAACACCUACAUAUCCUUCUUUCAGAGCUACAGUUGUUAACAUUUGCCCAAAUUUGUAUGUGUGCUCUCACUCAUAUAUUAUUACUAUUAUUAUUUUCCUGAAUUAUUUGAGAGUGAGAGGCAGACUUUACUCCCACAUACCUAUAUACUUCAGUAUGUAUCUGUUGAGGUCAAGGAUAUUCUCUACACAUCACCAUACAAAUAUCAAAUGCAGGGAAUUUAACACUGAUACAGCACUAUUUAUACAUAUACAGUUCACAUUUGAUAUAAUUCAGUUUAGUUUAGUUUUUUAAGGAUGCCCUCUGAUUAAUGGUAAAAUGUUGACAUUACAGAGCUUUCAUUACUUUUGGUGAAACUAUUCUCAUUUUUUUAAAUGCCUUUUGAGAUUUUCUCAAUUUCACUUGGUAUGUGUCAGAAAAACGGGAAGGUUGGAUAUUCACUAGGGAAUGAAUACUCUUCCCCUGUAGCUCUACUCCCAUUCUCAGUAUUGUUUGUCUACACAGUCAAGCAAGAUGAGUGAGCUCCCUGAGCACCAGUCUCAUCAGGCAAGAAGCAAACAUUCGGAAGGAAAGGUGGGGACAAAAGCGAACCCUACAAGGUUGGGCUGUGACUCUCAACAGGCAAACCAAAUACCUCUCAGCAUAUUCAUAGCCAGUUGCCUUCUCCACGGAGGAGGUCCCACUGGUUGGCUAAUGAGCGCUGCUGGUCUGUUCUCCCCAAAACCUUACAGCGGGAAGAGAGAAUGGAGCCCAUGCUGAGACUGAGUGCCUAAGAUGUGAGACACACUUUCCUUCCCCAUCAAAACAUUGUCUCCAGACAGAACCUAAGGGAGUGUAGCAGGCUUAGAACAUAGUAUGUUCAUGCUUUCUGUGUACCUUUGGACUAACGAGCAGAGAACGUGGUGGCGACCACCAACAGUGCCUGACUCUGGCUGACACUGGCAUACUUCUGUGCUAAUUCUCUUGCCCUUGUUCCCAGCAAAAUCCAGAAAAGAAAAUAAAACCAAAUAGAUUAGGAAAGGAAAAAAUGAGGUUGCCAACAGAUUUUCUUGAAUACAUUAAUAUCUGCAAUAAACAA